CGCCCACGCGGAGCCGGCCCCGCGCGCGCGCCCCGUGCACCCUCGCGCCUGCGCUGUACCCAGGACCUGCCCGGGUGUGUGGGGGGCGCAGCCAGCCCUGGGGGGGUGGGGGAAAUAGAGGGAAAAAAAAACAGCGUGCGGAACCGGGCCAGGGUUGCCCACCCCUACCACAAUGGCCUCUGGGGUGGAAGUCCUGCGCUUCCAGUUGCCUGGCCACGAGGCCGCUACACUGCGGAACAUGAACCAGCUCCGCGCUGAGGAGCGGUUUUGCGACGUUACCAUUGUGGCCGACAGCCUCAAGUUCCGUGGCCACAAGGUCAUCCUGGCUGCCUGCUCACCGUUCCUGCGGGACCAGUUCCUGCUGAACCCCAGCUCUGAGCUGCAGGUCUCAUUGAUGCACAGUGCACGCAUCGUGGCAGAUCUGCUCCUCUCCUGCUACACGGGUGCGCUGGAAUUUGCAGUCAGGGACAUCGUCAACUAUCUGACGGCUGCCUCCUACCUGCAGAUGGAGCACGUGGUGGAGAAAUGCCGGAAUGCCCUCAGCCAAUUCAUCGAGCCCAAGAUUGGCCUCAAAGAAGAUGGGGUCAGCGAGGCCAGUCUCGUGAGCGGGGUCAAUGCCACCAAGUCCCUCCUUCCUCCCGCCAGGACCCCAAAACCGGCCCCCAAGCCCCCUCCCCCACCUCCUCUACCCCCUCCGCUUCUGCGGCCGGUGAAACUGGAGUUUCCUCUGGAUGAGGACCUGGAGCUGAAAGCAGAGGAGGAGGAUGAGGAUGAGGACGAGGAUGUAUCUGACAUCUGUAUCGUCAAGGUGGAGUCAGCUCUGGAGGUGGCACACCGGCUAAAACCCCCCGGAGGCCUUGGAGGGGGUUUAGGCAUUGGGGGUUCUGUUGGCAGCCACCUUGGGGAACUGGCCCAGAGCAGUGUGCCCCCCAGCACUGUGGCCCCUCCACAGGGUGUGGUGAAGGCCUGCUACAGCCUAUCUGAAGACGCAGAAGGGGAGGGCCUGCUGUUGAUCCCUGGAGGCCGGUCGAGUGUGGGGGCCACCUCGGGUCUAGUGGAGGCAGCAGCAGUGGCCAUGGCUGCCCGGGGGGCGGGGGGCAGCCUGGGUGCAGGGGGCAGUCGGGGCCCCAUGCCUGGGGGUUUCUCAGGUGGGAACCCCCUGAAGAACAUCAAGUGCACCAAGUGCCCAGAAGUGUUUCAGGGCGUGGAGAAGCUGGUCUUCCACAUGCGGGCACAGCAUUUCAUCUUCAUGUGCCCACGCUGCGGCAAGCAAUUCAACCACAGCAGCAACCUCAACCGCCAUAUGAACGUGCACCGUGGCGUCAAGUCGCACUCAUGUGGUAUUUGCGGCAAGUGCUUCACACAGAAGUCCACACUACACGACCACCUCAACCUGCACUCGGGAGCACGGCCCUACCGCUGCUCCUACUGCGAUGUGCGCUUUGCCCACAAGCCUGCCAUCAGGCGACACCUCAAGGAGCAGCAUGGCAAAACCACAGCCGAGAAUGUGCUGGAGGCCAGUGUGGCAGAGAUCAAUGUUCUCAUCCGCUAGCAGGAAUAGUGCAGAGGCAGGAGGCUGGGGUCCCUGAGCUGGAUGGGAAGGUGCCCUCUGUGGCCUGGGAGAAUGGUUUGGGGGGAGACUGGGGCAAGAAAGUACCUUGGGGAACUUGAGCAGACACACAUUGUGAGGGAGGGGGUGAAGAUUCUUUGGUGGUAAAACCCAGUCUCUACAGAGCUGAAGACAGAGGUAGGAUUCUUUGAGAAGGCCAAGAGAAUAUGAGGUCCCAGAGAAAGGUUUCUUCUCUUAGAGGUGCAUGGAUAAGUGGAGGGAGGGAAAGGGUCCUAUAGAAUG